GAUGUUCUUUCUAAAUCGACGCUUGAAGGAGAAGACUAGUUUUUUGAGGGUGCAGAUUCCCGCGCAUCGACAGUGCUCUGAGAUUUCUUAAUGGCUUCCAAGAGAGAAAGGUCGUUGUCACCGUCGAGUGCGAUGGAGUUGUCUCGCUUGCGUUUCUUAGGGUUUGCGACUUCCAUGGUGUUCAGAGCAGAGAUUGAGCCUCCAGAUCCAGCCUUCUACAAGGAAUUUCAAAGAUCAAAGGAACACCCUACGACAUUGCAUUCACCCACCACUCUUUUCCUCCUCAAGCAUUGCUUCAGUCGUUUCCUCACUCCAUUGCCUUUCAUGUCUAUUUGAAAUUGGGGAUGGGUUUGGGUUUGAAAUGGUUUCAGAGCGAUUUGGCCAGGUUUUUUAUUCCACCCUACUUUCUUAUUGUUGUUGCUCAACAAAAAUCAAACUUCAUUGAUAGAAUGGAAAUGGCAACCUGAUGUUGUGAAUUUGGCUGCUUUGUUUGUGCCUCGGCUGUGCGAAAAGGAUCCAGAUGUUGCCAUGGCAAUCAAUGUGCCUUUUUCUC